AGCUUCCGGUCCGUCUCUGCAGCCUUCCUUUUCCUACUGAAGUAGCAGCCAUGAGCAUGCUCAGGCUCCAGAAGCGUCUCGCCUCCAGCGUCCUGCGCUGCGGGAAGAAGAAGGUCUGGCUGGAUCCCAACGAGACCAACGAGAUCGCCAACGCCAACUCCCGUCAGCAGAUCCGUAAACUGGUGAAGGAUGGUCUUAUCAUUCGCAAGCCUGUCACGGUCCACUCCAGGGCUCGCUGCCGCAAGAACACGCUUGCGCGCCGCAAGGGGAGACACACGGGUGUCGGUAAGAGAAAGGGUACAGCCAACGCCCGUAUGCCAGAGAAGUUGUGCUGGAUGCGCCGCAUGAGGAUCCUGCGUCGUCUUCUCCGUCGCUACAGGGAGGCAAAGAAGAUCGACAGGCACAUGUACCACAGCCUCUACCUGAGGGCCAAGGGUAACGUGUUCAAGAAUAAGCGUAUCCUGAUGGAGCACAUUCACAAGCUGAAGGCAGACAAGGCCCGCAAGAAGCUCCUGUCCGACCAGGCCGAGGCCCGUCGCUCUAAGACGAAGGAGGCCCGCAAGCGCCGCGAGGAGCGUCUCCAGGCCAAGAAGGAGGAGAUCAUCAAGAACUUGUCCAAGGAGGAGGAGACCAAGAAGUGAUCUGGCUCCGUCCGUCCUUACCGACUCUGCUGUCGGUCAAGUGCUGACAAUAAAAAGUGUACAUAAAGACACUGA